AUGUCGAAACGUAAAUUAAAAAUCUUAACGAUUGCGGAAAAAGUCAACGUCAUUAAUAUGGUCGAACAGAGCGGGAAAAAAAAUUAUGAAGUAGCAAACGCAUUUGGCAUACCGAGCUCUACGUUAUCGACUAUUUUAAAAAAUAAAACGAAAAUUUUGACAAAUUUCAAAUUGCAACCAAGUCGGAAGAAAAUUAAGCUAUCUGAAUUUCCGAAUCUGGAUUCUAGUUUAUUCAAAUGGUAUGUCCAGUGCAAGGAUAGUAACCUACCUGUAAGUGGACCUAUAUUAAAAGAAAAGGCUAACAUAUUUGCAAAGUCACUGGGUUACACAAAUUUCAAAAAUAGCACUGGAUGGCUGGAUAAAUGGAAAAAACGAAACAACAUUACUUUACGAAAACCUUGCAGUGGAAAUUUGUCUAAUUUGUCUGUCAGUAAAGAUCAACAUUGUUUCCAAUGGAAAAAUGAUAUUUUAACUAUAAUCAACGAAUAUUCACCUAACGACAUUUUCAAUGCAGACGAAACUGGAAUUUUUUAUAGAUGUCUACCGGACAGUACUCAGCAGCUAUCUUAUGGAAAUGACGAUUGCCGCGAUGGCAAACGAAGUAAAGAACGCGUCACGGUUCUUUUGUGUACGAAUAUGAGUGGUACCGAAAAAAUCAAACCUUUGCUUAUCGGAAAGCCUACUAAACCAAGAUGCUUCAGAGGAAUUAAAUCUUUGCCAAUAGACUACGAAUCAAACCCAAAAGCAUGGAUGACGGCUUUUUUGUGGAAUAAAUGGCUUAAACAGUUUGAUGAAAAGCUGUUCAUGGAAAAUCGUAAGAUUAUAUUAUUCAUUGAUAACUGCACUGCUCAUGUCAUCGUUCCAAAUUUAAAAGCUAUUACUAUCAAGUUUUUUCCAACCGACAGCACUUCAAAACUCCAACCACUCGACCACGGCAUAAUCCAAAACUUCAAGGUUUUUUAUAGAAAAGAAGUGUUACGUAAAAUAACUUCACAUAUUGAACUUCAACGCACUAUUUCAAUUGAUUUGUUACAAGCUGUACGAAUAACUGACAAGUCAUGGAGACAAGUUACGUCGGAAAUAAUAUCAAAUAGUUUCAAAAAAGCGGGAUUUCAACACCCUGGUACACUUGUUCAAACAAUUUCCUCCUACCAAGUACCCUAUCAAGAAAAAAAUCAUCCUGAAUGGUCGUAUAUUAAACAAAAGUACAAUUUAAUGCCAGAAUUUACAUUUAACCGUUAUGUCAAAAUUGACGAUAACCUAACAGUGUGUAGCAAUUUAAAUGAUUCUGAAAUAAUAUCUGCAGAAGUUGCAGGAUUAACAAAAUGUACACGUGAUAAUGAUACAGACGAUUAUUCAACGUCAAGAAAACUUGCUUACAAAGAAGCCACAAGAGCGUUAGCAAUUUUACGUGAUUUUAUUGAAACAACGGAAGGAAUGGAUAAUAUUCAUUUUGAAGCAUUAGGAACCAUAGAAGAUGCCAUGGAUAAAAUAAAACAUACAGAAACGCUUUAA